AUGAGCUUUGUUCCUCCCGAUGCCAAAUGUAUUGCAGAAGCUCUUGGUGAUGUUUCAAAGUUACCGCGAGAUAUGCAAAUGGCCGUGACAAACAAACUUAGUGAAAGCUUUCAAUCAAUACCAGAACCUCAUGGAUGUGAUUGGUUGGCAGUUAAUGAAGAAAUGGGACAAACGAUGAAAUCAUUUGAACAAAUGGCAUAUAAAGCUGUUCCUCGUGCAACUUUUAAAACGAUCUAUAUUCAACCAGUUGGCAGUUUUGAUCAUCCAAGAGCUGGGCCACUUGAGGUAAUUAUAGAAUUUGCUCGCGCAUUUUUUUCUGGAUGUCAAGUUGAAUUAUUACCAAAAAUUAAUUUUUCAAAAGAUAUGAUAUCAAGAAUGCUUUAUGGAAGAAUACAAUAUCGAACCGAUAGUUUUUUUGAUUAUUUAUCUCGCACACGUCAUAAACGUAAUAUAAUGCGAGAACUUGUAUGUGUAGCUAUAACCAUGGCUGAUAUUUACCCUGAAGACAGUUGGAAUUUUGUUUACGGACAAGCGCAUCCAAUUAAAAGUCUUGGUGUUUAUUCAUUUGCGCGUCUUGAUCCAUUAUUUCUAUCAUCACAAAAAAAAGUAAUGACUUCCCAAUUCACUGAUGAACACCGUAUAAUAAUGCUUCGACGUUGUGUAAGCACUCUUCUACAUGAACUAGGUCAUUUGUUUGGUUUACUACACUGUAUAUAUUACGUUUGUUUGAUGAAUGGUGCCAAUCAUGAAAUUGAAAUGGAUGGACAACCUGUAUAUCUAUGUCCUGUUUGCUUACGUAAACUUUAUUCAACAUUUCGAUUUAGUGUUCAGAUUGUAUACGAAAAAUUCGCCAAUCUCUGUGAAACAUAUGGACUUGAAGAAGAAUGUGUAUGGUAUCGAAAACGUCUAGAUUGUAUUAAAGAACAAUAA